AUGCCGUGAAGCUGGCAGGCAACCUUCCUGCGGCAGUAUUGAAAUGCAAACAAUUACCAUGCGGGCCACCUAGCGUCCCUAGGAGCUGGGAACAACUUUGAGCACCAACACAUGAUGUACUCGCAGACCAGAUGGCAGAACAGGGCAUUCUGGACCGCCAUGGAGAUUCAAGUGUACCCCUACGACUUGCGCUUAUGGCUGCAGAACAUAGCAGCAGAUACUUCACUGCCACUUGAUGUGCACCAUUGGGUCUCAGCAGUUUCACCAAAAGCUAUGCGACAAUGUCUGUAUGCUUGUGGGUGCUUGGAAUCGGUGAUCGGCAUGCAAACAACUGGAUGGUCACUCCGGAGGGGUUUGUGAUUGCAAUCAACUUCGAUUUGUACAUGUCUCGUGGUGCAAUGAGUUAUGUGCCCGAGGUUCUGCCCAUUCGGCUCACCCCACAGGUUCGGAAUGCCAUUCAUGAGCCAACCUUCCGGGCUAUCAUGACAGCUGUCCUCCCUGCUCUAGGCGCCAAACCUGAUCGCCUCGCUGAAACCGUCAAUCCUUGGUUCCUCCCAUGGACGUGCUUAGAGUUUCCGGGGAUCUGCAGGAGAAUCGCGGAAAGCGCCUGUCCAAAUAACUUACCUUACGACGCAAUUUGCAAGAGAUGUCAGGCUACGUGGGAAACCAUCAUCGAUUGAGCCAGGCCUGAGUAUCUCCUUGAAUGGGACCUUAACGUAUACCAUC